AUGAAAAUUGUGGUUUCUCUCUUCAUUUUAUUUUUCUUACUGGUUCCACUGCCACCAGUGAAAUGUGCCCUGAAAGACACCGCUAAGUGUUUUAUCAAGCGUGGAAACUGUAGAGCUCAGUGCCUUGUAACAGAAAAAAAAAUUGGUCCCUGCCUAAAAGGAGAAGCCUCCUGUUGUGCUUUCCUGGUCACACCGCAUCACUUGAGGAACUAG